UCGGAUCUGGAGAGAUGGGCAGGCCCGUGAGUAGGCAACGCACAAACUAGUGAAAACUCAUUCAGUCUCUCACCCCCUGCCUGCGGACUGAAACUGAGUUUCAUCGUCGUCUGCUUUUAUAGUUCUUUCUUUAAGCACCGGGCUUUAGUUUAAAAACAGUGCAGUGACACCUUUUGCCUCUGGGAAGAGAAGAGGGGGGAGAGUUUGGGUUUGUAAAGCUUUCCAAAUUUCCUCCGCAAACGGCAGGAGAGGAUUAAAUGCUGGAGGAAGGAACGAAAGAAAAGUUUGUGUGAAGUUGUGUUGUGUUGCAGGACAGGGCUGAGUGCAUCAGAUGCAUUAGAUGAACUGACUGACUCCAGACUCCUUUGUCUACGACUAAUUUCUCUAAUAAGGAGGAAAAGGCUUUGGUCACUCCAGUCGCCUGUUGCGCACUGCGAGCGGGACGCGUGCCUCGAGUUUGCGCUCUUGUCAAACGAUCAAACGUUUAAUUGACACCUGUUGCAUCGAGACGCAUCUCGGUAAGCGCUUCGAACAUUUUAAACUUCAAAUCGAGUGUUUUUCGCCGAACUUUUUUGCAAUGGGCUGCGCCGGACUGUUUGAGGAGUACGUUCUUUAGUUCUUAAGCGCACGAAAGACAGAAAAACGCGGAAAACUCAGGUGGCGAGUUACAUUUAUCGGAGGUGGAAUUGUUGCAUAUCUUCAGAAGUAACUCCUACUUUGUGUGAGGUUCAAAAGAGUCGAAGAACAUCCCGUAGAGCAGAACGCCAGGUUCAAGUCUCAGGACUCCAGUUGUGGGACUUUAGAGGAACUUUGGAGACGUGCGCUGAACGGAGAGAUCGUGUGAGAUCGGCAAACAAAGGAGGCUCUUCACGUUUCCAUUUCUUGGACGAGGAAGAAUGGAUGUAAGAAUGAACCAAGGACACCUAAUUCUGGCAGUGACCCUCAUCGCCUGCAACCCACAUCUGUUGGUGGUCGCCAACUCUUGGUGGUCAUUAGCUAUGAACCCCAUCCAGAGACCGGAGAUGUACAUCAUCGGAACGCAGCCUCUGUGCAGCCAGCUGACGGGACUUUCUACGGGUCAGAGGAAGCUGUGCCAGCUCUUUCAGGACCAUAUGGUUUAUAUCGGAGAGGGGGCAAAGACGGGCAUCAAGGAGUGUCAGUACCAGUUCAGGCAAAGGAGAUGGAACUGCAGCACGGUGGAUAACACAUCGGUGUUCGGCCGCGUAAUCCAUAUAGGGAGUAGAGAAACAGCGUUCACGUACGCCAUCAGUGCCGCGGGCGUAGUGAACGCAGUGAGCCGAGCUUGCCGUGAGGGCGAGCUCUCCACCUGUGGGUGCAGCAGGGCGGCUCGUCCAAAAGACCUUCCGAGAGACUGGUUGUGGGGUGGCUGCGGCGACAACGUCGACUACGGUUACCACUUCUCCCGGGAGUUCGUGGACGCCCGCGAGCGUGAGAAAAACCACCCACGUGGAUCGCUGGACCAAGCACGCACCCUUAUGAACCUACAGAACAACGAGGCUGGGAGAAUGGCGGUGUACAAUCUGGCCAACGUCGCGUGCAAGUGUCACGGAGUGUCGGGUUCGUGCAGCCUCAAAACCUGUUGGCUUCAGCUGGCCGACUUCCGCCGCGUUGGCGAGUUCCUGAAGGAAAAGUAUGACAGCGCCGCCGCCAUGCGUAUCAACCGACGAGGCAAGCUGGAACUGGUCAACAACAGAUUCAACCCCCCGACGCCCGAUGACCUGGCCUACAUCGACCCCAGCCCCGACUACUGCCUGCGCAACGAGACCACCGGCUCCAUGGGCACCCAGGGGCGCCUCUGCAACAAGACCUCGGAGGGGAUGGACGGCUGCGAGCUCAUGUGCUGCGGCCGCGGCUACGACCAGUUCAAGACCUAUAAGCACGAGCGCUGCCAUUGCAAAUUCCACUGGUGCUGCUACGUCAAAUGCAAGCGCUGCACGUCGCUGGUAGACCAGUUCGUCUGCAAGUAGCACCCCGGGGGUGGGACGCACGCCCUGGAGAGGCACUGAGCAAUUAGUGGGAGACGAACAGGACCCCUUAACGGACCCGUAGGGGGAACUUAGAGAUAAUUAAAUGUAAAAUGAUAUAUUAAAUAGCAACAAAUUAAAGUAUAUAAUUAAGUGUACGUGUGCCGGCGAUAGUAAUUUAAUGACUCUUUCUGACUCAACACGCCCAAGUAGGAUGUCAUUGACGUAAAGGAGGCACCAGACCGUGUGUUUUGUUGUUAAGCUGUUGUCAAGUGCCCGGUCGCCAAAUUUUGUGUGCGAUGUCAAUUGAAAGAGGCUGCACCCCUCCGCUUUUUCUGCAAGAAAGAGCCUGCGAACUCUUACAAGACUCUUUUUAUGAGCUUUCGUGAGGGAUUGAGGAGAACUAGAGACGCCGAGAGAGGACGGAGAACAACGGAAGAACCUUUUCUAGACCUGCAGGUCCACACACGUGCUGAUUCUCCACCACACCCCACCUUGCCCAUAUCAGAGCUCUUAAGAACCUUGAGUCAGAUGGUGACAUCAGGGGGGAGAAAUGCGGAGCGAACAUUGUGUUCCUUGUUGAUAUGUUGAUCAUUAAGAUAUGACAAGAACCUCCUGUGACCCUUCGUACAAGCCACUCCCCCGUGAUACCUGGAGAUGAGGGUGAAAGACCGUACCUGGAGCAAGUACCCACUGGUUUUUUGCUUGGAUUGGGGCCGUACAUCAACACACCGCGCCCCAUUAUUUACCGUAGGAUAAAAAAUUCUGUCAUUUGCUUUUAUACAAAGGAUCCUUAAUACUUAAAAAGUGUCCAUCCGUCAUAUCUUGGAAUAACAUAUAAACUAGAGCUGAAAGAAUAUCGUGUUGUACUGUCACUGUUGUUGUUGUCCUUGUUGGUUCGAACGGUGUGUCUCACAGUGAUGAAUGUGUGUCUGGUAACUCAGAAUUGUAGAAAAAAAUUCAAGGCUACGUGAUAAGGACUGCAAAAAAAUAUAUUACAGUAACCAAAUACUAGUGGUUCAGAUUAUAUUUUAUUAAUUGCUUCUCAUUUUAUACAUCAUAUGUAUUGUUCUUAUGAUUUUUUGAUAAAGAAGCUUUUUACUGGGGAUUUAUAUGCAAACAGAGGAAAUAUUAUUGGCUACUGGAUGGAAUGAGUAAACAGCCAACUUCUCCCACCGUACGGCCAAGGAACAAAACAAUAGGAACCUUUGUGCUUACCUGAGCGUUUCAGAGGAAUACUUCACUUGUAAAUACGUCAGUCAUAUAUUCAAAUAACACUUACAAAUAUUUACAGUCUCUGCGACCUUACCUUGUCAGUCUACAGUUUUGCUGCCCUGUGAUCAUAUGCUUGUUGUGUGUAUUUUCCUUCAUUCAAACCAGUAAUAUUAAAAAUAUUAAUAGUGAUUACUUAUGGAGCUGCUUUAAUUCGGUGUCGAUUGUUAUUUUCUGACUUGUGAGCUUUAUCACGUUUAUGGGUUUACAUAUUACAACAUUUAAUCUGCACCAAGUAACAUUACUUGAAAUAAUGAUCUUCUGAUUCAGUCGGCCAUUUUAUACAGAAUAUUGAACACUAUAGUGAACAAAUGUAAAUGUAUUUUGGCUGUGGGGCUUGACCAUAUUUGCAUACUUCUUAGUAACUGAAUGCCAUAAAUGUUUAUUAUCUUUUGUGUGUAAACAAAAAGGUUAUACUGUAGUCUUCCCUCUUCUUCAUCAAGAUUCAGUUAUAAAUGUAUAGCUUGAAUUGGAUUGGGCACAUUUAUAGAUUAAAGGCGAGAUACAUUGGAUGUCAAUCCAUGUCAAAAUAAUUGGGAUGUAACAAUAUCUAAAUCUCACUGUAUACACUAAUACCUUGGUGUAUAACUAAGUCCACGGUACGGUAUUUAUUGCAGUAUUUAAAACGACUUGGAAAUGUGCCAAAAGCAUCCUCUUUUCUUGAUCCUCUAAUCGUAACUGUUUAGGUAUGAGUUAUAGUAUGAGAUGGGUAAAAUUACCUUAAAAUCCCUUUUAUGAAAUAAAAUAAUUGCACCAGCUGAACCUUGACAAAGUUAUCAUUUUUUUCUAAUGUUCUCAUUUCAUAUAGUCAUCCGACCACGAUAAUAUCGGACGAUUUUGCUAUUGCGAUAAUACAAAAUCGAUAAUAUUGUUACAUCCCUUACCCUUUUUUAUUCAUAAUAAUAACAUUAAAAUGCUUAUCACAUUAUUUAUGUAUAUUAUUGUAGUAAAGGGGAUGACGCUAUGAUUGAUAUGUUAUU